AUGAGCCGCCAUUUCUUGUAUUAUUGUGGUGAACCUACUCUGGAUGUGAAGAUUGCCUUUUGUCAGGGAUUUGGGAAACAAGUGGAUGUGUCAUAUAUUGCCAAACAUUACAACAUGAGCAAAAGCAAAGUUGACAACCAGUUCUACAGUGUGGAAGUAGGUGACUCAACCUUCACAGUUCUCAAACGCUACCAGAACCUGAAACCUAUUGGCUCUGGGGCUCAGGGAAUAGUUUGUGCUGCAUAUGAUGCUGUCCUUGACAGAAACGUGGCCAUUAAGAAGCUCAGCAGACCAUUCCAGAACCAAACUCAUGCCAAGCGAGCUUACAGGGAACUGGUCCUCAUGAAGUGCGUGAAUCAUAAAAAUAUUAUCAGUUUAUUAAAUGUCUUCACACCACAGAAAUCUCUGGAGGAGUUCCAGGAUGUUUACCUAGUAAUGGAGUUAAUGGAUGCCAAUCUAUGCCAGGUCAUUCAGAUGGAGCUAGACCAUGAGCGAAUGUCUUACCUACUGUACCAAAUGCUCUGUGGUAUCAAGCAUCUUCACUCUGCGGGAAUUAUUCACAGGGAUUUAAAACCAAGUAAUAUUGUGGUAAAAUCUGACUGCACAUUGAAGAUUUUGGAUUUUGGACUGGCCAGGACUGCAGGCACUAGCUUCAUGAUGACUCCAUAUGUGGUGACACGUUACUACAGAGCACCAGAGGUCAUCUUGGGAAUGGGCUACAAGGAGAACGUUGACAUGUGGUCAGUAGGGUGCAUCAUGGGAGAAAUGAUUAAAGGUGCUGUGUUGUUUCCCGGCACUGAUCAUAUUGAUCAGUGGAAUAAAGUUAUUGAGCAGCUGGGAACACCCUGUCCAGAAUUCAUGAAGAAGCUGCAGCCAACAGUACGGAACUACGUUGAGAACAGACCGAAGUAUGCUGGCCUCACUUUCCCCAAACUUUUUCCAGACUCCCUCUUCCCAGCUGACUCAGAACACAACAAACUGAAAGCCAGCCAAGCCAGGGACCUCUUAUCAAAGAUGCUAGUCAUUGAUCCGGCCAAGCGAAUAUCAGUAGAUGAAGCCUUACAGCAUCCAUACAUUAACGUCUGGUAUGACCCAGCAGAAGUGGAGGCGCCUCCUCCUCAGAUAUAUGAUAAACAGUUGGAUGAAAGGGAACAUACAAUUGAGGAAUGGAAAGAGCUCAUCUACAAAGAAGUAAUGAAUUCUGAAGAAAAGACUAAAAAUGGUGUAGUAAAAGGACAGCCUUCUCCUUCAG